UGGGGCUGCGCGGCUCCAGGCGGGCGGCGGAGCCGUGGCCGCACGGAGGGACGGAACCGGAGAUCUGUCGAUUCUGUCCGGACCUGCAGCAAAACAACUCCACAAAAAAAAAACCCCUUCAGAGCAAAGAUGAAUAUCGGGAAAGCUUACAGUGCUGCCAACAUCAGCAAUGGAACAGAUCUAGCUAUUGGCUUUGCCUCUUCCACAGUAGCUGUCCUUCUAUUUGGGACAAACUUUGUGCCUGUCAAGAAAUUUGAUACUGGUGAUGGCAUGUUCUUCCAGUGGAUUCUCUGUGCCUCCAUAUGGAUAGUUUCUUUGGUGGUCAAUUUGAUCCAGAAUUGCCCCCGCUUUUGGCCCCUGGCUAUGGUUGGAGGUUUUGUGUGGGCUACAGGCAAUGUUACAGUUGUCCCUAUUGUUAAAACUAUUGGCUUAGCUCUUGGCCUCUUGAUAUGGGCUUCUUUUAAUUUGCUGACAGGCUGGGCAAGUUCAAGGUUUGGUUGGUUUGGAAUUGACCCAGAAGAGGUAUCAAGACCAAUCUUAAAUUAUAUUGGAGCUGGACUUUCACUUAUAAGUGCUGUCAUAUUUCUUUUUAUAAAAACUGAAGUCCAGAGUUCUUCAACUUCAUUAGAAAGCACACCUUUACUGAGAGAAAGUUCUAUAAAUGUUUCUGAAGAGAUCACUGAGGACUCAUGGGUGAACAAACUUUCUCCAGCAAAAAGGAGACUCCUAGGCUGUAGCCUGGCUGUAGUGGCUGGAAUACUCUAUGGUUCCAGUUUUGUACCAGUACUUUACAUCAAGGACCAUGGAAGAAGAAAUGAAACUGUAUACACAGGAGCAAGUCAGUUUGAUUUAGAUUAUGUUUUUGCACACUUCAGUGGAAUAUUUCUUACAAGUACCAUCUACUUUUUGAUCUAUUGUGCAGUCAGGAAGAAUAAACCUUAUGUUUAUCCACAAGCCAUAUUGCCAGGGUUUGUUUCUGGUGUGCUUUGGGCAAUAGCCAAUUGCUGCUGGUUCCUGGCCAAUCACUAUCUCAGUGCUGUUGUCAGCUUUCCAAUAAUUACUGCAGGUCCUGGCCUUGUUGCUGCAAUGUGGGGAGUCCUUGUGUUUAAGGAAAUCAAGGGAUUGAAAAACUAUGUGCUACUAUCAGUAUCAUUUUGCAUCAUUUUGGCUGGAUCACUUUCCACAGCUUUUUCUAAAGUUUGAAAGGACCUUCUGGACCAGUAGAUGGUGCUAGCGUUUAACACAAGUACAAAGACCAUGUUGGUAGAUCUCAAUACAUAAUAAUUUUCAAAAUGCAUGUCCAAAAUUUACACUAACUUCAGCCAAGAGGAAGAUGAAAACAUUUGGCAUGAAAGAAAAUCUGGAAAUAUUUGUUCCUGUUUUUCUUGUAAUAGUAAGAAAAUCAAAGGACUUUAUUAAUCAAAGCUAAAUGAUUUUAUUGUUACUAAUUUUUUGGUUUUUCAUUCAGGUGCUAAACUUCAUGUCAUCAUAAAUUUUGGAUAAAUUGUUGUGAUAGUGGAUAGUGAUUUUAAUGUUAUUUAUAAUACUGUAUAUGUUUGCAAGCUGAUUUGUUUUAUUAAAACAUUUUUCUUACUGACUUAAAUAUAAGAUACAUCUUGAAAUUUUCCCUAUGAAACUGAUAUCCAUAAAAAUAAUAAACUUUUUCUUUUAUUUAGAAGCAUUAUUCUUUAAACUCAUGAGUGUAUGUGAAAAUGUUAUCUUGCAGUCACUUCAGAUUU